GAAUGGUGCUGGCGGGACGAGGACGGCACGAAGAUCAUUAUAGAAACCUUUAGGACAUUAGUGAUACAAUACGAGCACGUUACAUCUACUGGGCUUCAUAACAUCAGGGAAUAAUGGAUAAGGAAGAGACCAUUCAAUGUCAGCCUCUGUCGCUGAAAUUUACCAUAGACAGCAUCCUCAAGCCCAGUCCCAGCUGCAAAGAGCUUAAAAGCGACAAUGCCAAGCAGCCAGCCAUAGCCAUAUCAGAGCGUAUGGCGGAUUCAAAUCCGCGGAAUGAAUCCACAAAAAUGGACAUUAGACACGUGAAAGACUACAGAAAAAUGAGUCAAGAAUCGAUGAACACAGCUUAUCUCACAACCCCUUCACUUCAAUUCACCAUUGACGCGAAGCACACUGUAAAAAACACUGAGCCAUUUGGAUCAUUGGAUUCGCCCGAUAACAGCGACGAUACCGCAAGGGUCAAACUCAGCAAGAAAACUAAAAUACUCGCGAAAAAGAAGACGCGCACUAUAUUUUCCAAAAGCCAGAUCUUCCAGCUUGAGUCGACGUUUGACAUGAAGAGAUACCUGAGCAGCGCCGAGCGCGCCUGUCUGGCGAACUCUCUACAACUGACUGAGACCCAGGUUAAAAUUUGGUUCCAGAAUCGCAGAAAUAAACUGAAAAGGCAGCUGUCCGCCGAACUGGAGGUAACAAAUACAACUGAACCUGUGCCCAAGAUAGUGCAGAUGCCAACCAUGUACAAAGAGAGCAGCUUUCUGCGCAGAUGUUUGCUGCCCGUCUCUUUCCCUGUCCUCUACCCGGGGAACAGCACGCCUUACCUCUGCUUCCCCGACGCCAGCAAAUACCUCCACAUUCUCGAUGGAGACCUAUAAUCGCUUAGAACAGUAUAUAACUGUAUCACACAAACUUUUAGAGGUCAUUUAGUCACUGUUUAUACUGUUUAACC